GGACACAGAGCAGCAGCAGAAUAAGCAGAAGAGGACGACCAUCGCCCGCCCACUACUCGCUUCGUCGUCGUCGACAAGGAGCGUUAGGAAGAACAGCCAAGAUGCUGCUGCCACGUCAGCCGCUGGAGCGGAAGCUAUGGCGGCAGCUGACGUGGACUUCGCGGAAGAUACGGCGUCGGUCCGGCGAUUACCCGCUUCCACGUCAGCUGCAUCGGCAGGAGCGGCCAUGUCGGCUGGGACGUCAUCUGUCCCGAUCAGGCCGCAGUACCGGCUGCGGAGUGCAGACAAGUUGGUCGGGGUCGGGACGGCGCAGCAAGUGGAAGAAGAAGAACAGAAGGGGCUCGUCGACGGCAACGUGAAGGAAAGUGGAAGGGCGGGGGAAGAUGGGGGAGCCGCGUGGGGGGAGAACGCGCCUGUGGGGAGGGGGAAGGGGGAAGGCGGGGGUAGAUUACGCGGCCAGGGGACCGGGAUAGGGGGAGGGGGAGGGGAAGGGCGGGGGGCGGAGCAGGAGCAGGAGCAGGAGCAGGAGCAUGUCCCGCCUCCUCCCGAUCUCCCGCUUCCUCCUGGAAGCCAGAGACACAAGGCCAGACGAGAGAGGGUCAUUAAGAAGGAGAGUGCGCUUCAAGCUUCUGGCGAUGGCGGUCACGGCGGGCAUCCUGGUGCAACGGAGAGAGAGGGGGCGGUGUCGGGAUCGGGAUCGGGAACGACCAGCAGAAGGGGGAGGACGUGCAAAGGGGCAGGGGCAGAAGAUGGAAGGAGGACGAUGCCGUCGCCAUCGCCGACAGACCGAGAGCCAAGCAAAACCCAGCGUGUAUCGAUAGCUCGGCGCGCUCUGAGCACGAAGAGAGGAGGCUCCCCGUGGAUGGAUAGCUCGGCGCGCUCUGAGCGCGGGAAGAGGGUUCGCGAGGAUGAUCCCUAUGCAGGUGCGCUGAGGAAAGCUGAUGAUGAUGAUCCCGAUCCCAACAGGGACGACGAUGGAGAAGAAGAAGAGACCGGCGAAGACGCGGUCGGCGAAGACGAAGAGAGCAGCAGCAGUAGCGAUGGCAGUUGUGAUAACGAUCACGAAGGGGAUCACAUUGAGCACGAGGAGGAGGAGGAGGAGGAGGAAGAGGAGGAGGAAGGUAUCAGUAGAAAGUUUCUCAAGGGCCGUCCAAUGACUGCUGUCGUUCAAGACGACGACGACGAAGAAGAAGAAGAAGAGGAGGAGGAGGAAGAAGAGGAGGAGGAGGAGGAGGAAGAAGAGGAGGAGGAGGAGGAAGAAGAGGAGGAGGAAGAGGAGGAGGAGGAGGAGGAAGAAAGGGUACCUAUCCUUGCCGAGGCCGUGAUGUCUAUCGAUGGCCUGGAUGUGAGUCCAAACGGCUAUGGCGGACGCGCAGCAUCGGACGCAUAUGGCUAUGGCGGACGUGGAGGAAGAAGACGAAGGUAUGGAUGGUCUGUGAAGAAGAAGGAAGAUGGUUGGCUUGAGGACAAUCCGUUCGAGGACGCGGCGCAGGAUUUUGCUCGCGCAUUACGCACGGUCGGGUUAACUUCUGGAGUAGGAGGAGUAGGAGCAGCAGCAGGAGGAGGAGGAGGAGGAGGAGGAGGAAGUGAUACUGCUGCUAAGCUGGGUGGCAAGCAAUGCAGACGACGACGAGGAGGAGGAGGAGGAGGAGGAGGAGGAGGAGGAGGAGGAGGAGGAGGAGGUGAACGUGCUGCUGCCGAUGUUACGUUCGCUGGCGAAGCAGCUGUAGAUGUUGACGUCAGCGGCGGUGUAGAUGGCGAUGGCCUUGUGCAGAGGGUUUUGUCUGACGAGAUGCUUCUCGGUUGUCUUCCAAGGCGUAGAGGUGCUGGCUAUGGCGGACCAACCGCCAUAGCUAUGGCAAUUGUACAAGAAGAGGACCCGUUGCAAAAGGUCCCCGAGCCGAGCCAAGUUGUAGACAUGGUGGCACAUCAAAUCUGCAAAGAGGACGAUCUCCAAAGUGUAAGCGAAGCUUGUGGAUGGCUUGUCACUCCGGAGAAGAAGAAAGAUAAUAAUCAACAUAAUUAUAGUACUCAGAAUAAGAAAAGCAGUUGUAGUUCUUCACCCGUGGCAACUGUGAGUGCGGCGGCCGUAAGAGAUGACCCGCGCAGAAGUAGAAGUAGCGGGUGUGGUGGUCGUGCUGGAGGCAUCGAAGCUCGUAGCGAUGGCGGCACCGUUGUUGAUGGUGAUCAUGAUCGUGUUAGAGCCAAAGACAAGCGGCUUCCAGAAGAAUCAGCUGCGCUGCAAGAGCCUUUCAACGCUCCAGGAGGGAAUGAGCAGUCGAACAGUUGUUGUGGAGGCAUCGAAGCUCGUAGCGAUGGCGGCACCGUUGUUGAUGGUGAUCGUGUUAAAGGCAAAGACAAGGGACUUCCAGAAGAAUCAGCUGCGUUUCCAGAGCUGCGUAGCGAUGGCCGACUCGUUUUCAACGCUCCAGGAGGGAAUGAGCAGUCCAACGAUGGCGGACUCGUUGAUGGUCGUGAUGGCGGUUUCGGUGGUCGUGAUGGCGUUGAAGAUUCCAAGCUGCGUAGCGAUGGCGGACUCGUUGAUGGGAAUGGUGGUGAUGGCGAUGGGGUGGGUAAGGGCAGGGAGCCUGCAGACGAGCCAAUGGUUCUGAACGAGGUAGCAGCAGAUGCUCAGCAUCCGUGUAGUCGAGAUUGUAUGCCACGUGGAGGCGGUUUUGAGCUCCGUAGCGAUGGUGGUGGUUGUGUUGGUGAUGAUGAUGAUGAUGAAGGUGAUGGCGAUGGUCGAGGUAUUCAUAAGGGAUCUGAAAAACGGUCAGCGGAAGAUUAUACGCAGCAGGUGGGAAAGUUUUUUUGCAAGGUGACUACCGAUCCCCCUGCUCCGUCGUCUUCGCUGGCAGCCAUAGCUGCAGCUUCACCGGCGGUCAUAGCUGCAGUGGUGGAUGUGCACUCUCUUCAACGCCAUCUUACGGUUGCUAUUGAGAACAGACGGGAGAGUCUAGGGGAGGAUAACGGAGAGGAUAACGGAGACAACAAGGGGGCAGAAGAGAGUAAACGGAAAAAUGGAGUGCAGGCUGCGGGUGGCAAACUGUGCAAUGACGGCGGAAAGGAUGUCGUAAGGGAGAGAGAAAGACGAGCUGUCGUGACACCCACCCGUUGUGGUGGGGAGGAAACAGUAGAACGACCGGUCACGGUCCCCACCCUUUCUGAGGAGGAAACGGAAACAGUAGAACGACCGGUCACGGUCCCCACCCUUUCUGAGGAGGACACGGAAACAGUAGAACGACCGGUCGCAGCGGCCCCGCCUUUGAGGACAGGGGGUUCCUCCCGGGCGUGUCAUGGGAGAAAGAAGCUAGAGGAUAACGUGGAUGGAUAUGGCGGUACUCAGUCGGUCAAGGGGGACACGUGGACACGACGUGGAGAAGACGAGAGCAUUCCCGCGAAAAAUGAAGUUCCCGCGCAGAACGAAGCGGAGGAAAUGAGAGAGGAGAGGAGGAGGAGAACGAGCAGGAGGACGGAGAGAGAGAGCGUAUCCCUACUCUCUCGGAGGGGCGGCUGCCACGUACGCAAAACGAUGGGCAGAGAGCAGGCAGCGUUGGGUGCGGAAGGAGAGGGAGAGGGAGGAAGGGAGCUGGGUGAGGAGGAGGAGAAGAUAGGGGAGAAUGCAGAGAAGAACAAGGAGGAGCGUGGGGUUGCGAGCCCUUCUGUUGCCGCGAGGGCGUCGUGCUUGGCGGACACGUGUACACCUACCUCUGCACCUACGACACGCACUGCUGCAGCAGCUAAGAACAGGAGGCAAACAGAUAAGACCGAGGAGGAGGAGGAGGAGGAGGAGGCGACUGCUUCUCCCAAGGAGGAUUCUACUCAUGCUCGCGCCGUGCUGAACAUCACGGCCAGCGACGCGUGUACACCACCCUCCUCUGCAGCAGCUAAGGAAAGCCUCCUCCCUGCUCCACGUUGUGAGAUUACUGCUUCUCCUACGUACUCACUCUACGAGCUCGGACUGUCUGAUGAUCACUACGCUGCUCGCCUUUUGGCGAACCGUCCUCAUGAUCCCAAUCCCGAUCCCGAUCCCGAUCGCAAGCCCUACUCCCGAUCACCACUUCCCGGUAGGAGAAGUGGGAGAAGGAGGCUCGUUCUGAAGAAGAAGCUAGAAGGCUUGCUUGAUGCAGCCGCCCCUCCUCCUGAUGGCGCCGCGAGCUUACUUCGUUGUGGCGAUCGGGUGUCGUCGAUGUCCUGCUCCACGGAGCCGUCAGUCUUAGCAGCGGCUGCAGGAGGUGUUGUCGUCAACAACGACGAAGAGGCUGUAACCGACCCAGGAACAGGAACGGGUAGGGGAGAUGUAGGUGGAACAGGAACGCUGGUGGCAGGACCAGCGCGCUCUCCUGGUGCGGUCCCAAGGUCGGUGGGAGGCACGGAGACAGAAACGGGAUCGGGAUUGGGAUCGGGAACGGGGAUGGAAGCAGGAUCAGGAACGAAAUCAGGAACGCAAACGGACAGGGCAACGGAGAAGGGAACGAAGCGAGAGAGAGAAACCGUGGGAGCGGGAAGGAGACCAGGAACAGAAACACGAACGAAACGAGGAAGAGAAAUGGCCGGAGCGGCAGCAAAACAUGGAACGCAAAUAAUGGACACAGGAACAGAAACGGACACAAGAACAGGAACAGGAUCAGGAACAGGAACAGGAACAGGAGCGAAGAGAGGGAGAGCAACGAGGGCGGAAGCGGGACCCAAAUAUGGAGCGCAAAAGACAGGAACAGAAACAGGAAACACGGCAAUAAGAACAGGAACGGCAACAGGAACAGGAAUGAGGAGAGGGAGAGGAACAAGGGAGGAUACGGGACCCAAAGCCGGAACGCAAACGGACACAGGAACAGAAACAGGCGCGAAGGGAGGGAGAGGGACGGAACCAGGAUCGGGAACGAAACCAGGAAAACGAACGGACGCAGGAAGAGGGAUCACAGGAACGGGACCAGGUACAGAUCCACGAACGGGACCAAGUACAAAUACAGGAACGCACGCAGGAACAGAAACAGGAGCGAAGGGAGGGAGAGGAACGGAACCAGGAUCGGGAACGAAACCAGGAAUGCAAACGGACACAGGAACAGAAGCAGGGAUCGCAGGAACUGUACCAGGAACUGUACCAGGAACUGUACCAGGAACUGGACCAGGAACAGAUCCAGGAACAGCAGCAAGAGCAAGGCUAUCAGGAUCAGCUGUUCUUACGAGCGAAUUGGUGACGGGAGAAGAAAAGGGACCAGGAACAGAACCGAAACCAGGAACGGAAACGGGACCAGGAACAGAAACGAUGGGACCAGGAACAGCAAUGGACGCUAGAGGGACGACUUCAAGGGCAUGGUCGUCACCAAAACGUCGUUCUCCGGCGAAGAGGAGACUUGCAACAUUGAAGUCGAUAGCCGCCAUUGUCACGGAGAGCGUGGAGGGGGGAGGGAUGGGGGGGGAGGUGGUCGGAAGCGGCGAAGCAGGAGGAGAACUUGAGGGCCGGCGCCGCGCGCGGGCGGGGGCAAUCAAGGGGAGGCGGGGGGGGGGKGGCGCUCGUGCGGCGCAUGGUGCGCGAGGGGAGCCGCCUACAGACGGCGGAGGCCCUCUUCGCAGUGAGGACCUGCCAGAGGAAUCGUCGGAACGAGGAAGGAGGGGUCCGCUCGGCGCGCUUUCGGUGAAGAGAGCUGGAUCUUCGCCACGUUUGCCGAGAGCCGGCAAAAACGUUGACGACGCAGUUAACGAACAACAGCAGCAGCAGCAGCAGGAGGAGGAGGAGGAGGAGGAGGAGGAGGAGGAGGAGAAGGAAAGCGGCUGCAUGGGCGCCGUCUAUCUGCAGGGGGAGGAAGCGAGGGGUGGGAGAGAGAGGCUGAUCUUAUUAGAGGGUAAUGAGCUGGAAAAGCAGGGCUCGGUUGUCAUAGCCGCGUUGUUAGUGAAGAGCGAUAAGCGGAGAAAAAGGAAAAGAGUGGAUGGAGGGAGAGAGGGGAAGGAUGUUGGGGGUAGUGGAGGCUAUGGCGGGAAAGGUAGUGUCGCCGCUGCUGGAGGUGGUGGUGUCAAUCAAGGAAGGAGCCCGAAACAACUACCGCGAAGAGAAGAAAUAGUCGAUGCUGCGCGUCGAAAUGAGGAGGAUGAGCAGGGUGGGGGGAAGGUCUCGUCGGCAAGGCAAGUGCUGCAGUCGAGAUCGAGAUAUGGUGGAAAAGCUGGGAGAGGAGGAAGAAAUCUUCUCCUCCUCCCUUGUCCGACCAGCGAAGCGAGCUCUCGAGGAGGAGAACGACCACCUCCUCCUCCUCCUCCUCCUUCUCCUCUUGAAGCCGCUGCCUUUGCUCGACGACAGCGAGCCGACGAUGGACCACCCCCUCCCUCUCCCAUGCCCAUGCAGCCUCCUCCAUCCCCGAGGUCGUCGAUCCAGGUUCUUCCACGGUUGUCACUCGAAGCACGAGGUUAUGGAGGAAAAAGGUCGAUGGCAGAAAGAAGGGCAGGGGAGAUGAAUCGAGGCGCAGAUGGUGAUUGCAUGCGAUCGGCUAGGGAGCAGAAUGAUGAAGAAGGUAAGGGGCGCGAAGCUCGAUCAGUAGACGAAGAAAGGGCGGGAAAGCUGCUAGACAAGGACAAGCGGAAGGAAGGAGGGGGCAGCAGCAGGACUGCUGGACACGUGUUCACCGAUCGUAAUGGCAAAUCAGGAGGAGUAGGUGAGGGAGGAGGAGGAGGAAGGGAACUAGGAUCACGAAGAGAUGGUGAUGAUGUCAGUCUGAAGGCCACACUGGGCCCGAGAGCCCACGGCGUCGGCGAUCUCGGUGAUGAUGAUGAUGACGACGAAGAGGAAGGGGACGGCGGUUAUCUUCCUCGCAUGCGCUCGUUGGCGCCAAUCGCUCUGCAGCAAGCGCGCGUAGAAGAAGAAGAAGAAGAAGAUAUGGCGGGAAAAAACGAGCCCGGCACGCGGCGGGUAUUGCUACCAGGCAAGAAGGCGGGAACGAUAUCCCGACCCCGACCUGCUGCUGACGUGGUGGGAGCCGGUGGGCCAUCUUCCCCGCCUGCUAGGAAGAAGAAAGGCACUGCUGAGUUGGCCAAGCUUAUGCGGCGGCAGCAGAUGGACGAUCGGCAGAGCAAGCAGCAGAUCGGGAUCCGGAUCGGUACGAGAGGAGGGGGAAUGCGAUCCACUCCCCGCGGCUCGAAGUCCAGUCCCGGCUCGAAAUCAGAUCCUCCUACAGCCCCGGCGCCAUCCCCGCCGCUGCAGCGGCAGCAGAAGCAGCGGUCGGGAUCGGGAGUGAAGCGCGGCGGCGGGAGCUUACUCCGCUUCCAUGAUGACGAUGAUGACCCCCCCCGCGACCGUUUUCUCGAUCAUCGGGUUAACGAAAACGAGGGCGACUGGAAAACGAAGAAGGAGAAGAAGGAGAAGAAGAAGACCUCCCCCGUUUCGGUGGCGAUGGCGAUGGCGAAGGCGAUGGCGGCGACGAGGAAAGACAGCCAGUCGCCAUCGGUGAAGAGGAGAAAGCUGGAAUCCAUAGCCGGCUGCUUGGAAGCUUCGCAAAAGAAGAAGGUCAUGGCAAUCGCGGGGAGCCCUCCGCCCAUGGGAGCGAGGGGGCAUGUGGCUGCCAGCGACGAGGCUUCCCCUGGGCUUGCGCAGGUCUCCCCCGGGCUUGCGCAGGUUUCCCCCGGGCUUGCGCAGGCUGCCCCGAGUCGUCGUCAUCCAUGGCUGCGCUCGAGAAAAGGCGACAACGCCAACGUCGGCGGGGACAGCUGCAGCCAACCUCGGCUCAUGAAGACUGUGGGGGGGGGAAAGGACGCGGAGCCGCUGGGUGCCGUCGGGACAGAGCAAGGUGGGAGAGAGAGAGGGGAGGAGGAGGCUAUGGCCGGCACACAUGAUGCUCUCUUCCGUGGCUAUGCUGCUGGUGAUCCCGAUCCCAGCACGCCGGCCGCCGUCCGUAGCGGGGGAACAACUGACUUCCCGAGCGUUGAUGAGGGGGAGAGAUCCCGAUCACAAACGAUCGAGAAGAUGCAGCAGCAGAGUCAGCGGCGGGGCUCUGGUGAUCGGUAUCCCUAUCCUGUCUCUGCCGCCGACGCGCACGACGACGUAGAGAAGCACGACAGGAUAGUCGAGCGUCCGAGCGCGCGCGAUCGGACAGCCCGCGGCCGUGCGCGGGCUAGGGAUCUCCAGCAGCAGCAGCAGCAGGCGCCAUCCAGAUCGCCGUCCUCAUCUGCACAGGAGCAUCUGCAUCAUCUGCGCCGUCGACGACGGGGAGGCGGAGGAGAGGGGGAGUCCAUGGCGGAGGGGGAUGGGCUGAUGAUGACGGAGGGCGGGGCGGCGGAAUCGCGAGCUGUCGGACCCGCCCCCGCGCGCCAAGCCGAUGAAGAUGAAGAUGAAGAUGUCGGGGGGGGGAAUGUCUUGCGCUGUGCCAGAGAAUCCCCCACUGCGCGCCAAGCCGAUGAAGAUGAGGAUUAUAAGCCCMCCCCCACCGCCGAUGAUUGUAAUCCCACGCCCGCCGUCGAAGAUUACGCCCCCACCAACCCACCCCCCCCUGAAGAGGAUCACCCCAUUAUCAUGGUAAUUAACAAGAGAGUGGGUGACGGAGAGGCGGCAAAGCCAGGUCAUCGGAAGGGUGGCAGCAAUCAUGGCAGGAAAUCCAGCGCAUCCUUACAGAUUGGCAUCCCUCCUCGGAUCCUGACGAACCAACACGUGGCACCCAUCCAGGCCGCCAAGCAACAAGACGAAGAAGAAGGGCAAUCCUCCUUCUCCUCGUCGUCUGACGACGAGGUGGCUGUAAAGUCAGGAGGGAAGCAGAAAGAAAAACAUCAGGUUCGAUAUACACCAGCUGCAAAGCUGCAGCUGCAGCACAAGCAGGAGGAGGGGGAGGAGGGGGAGGAGGAGGAGGAGGAGGAGGAGGAGGUGGCUGUAAAGCAGGAACAAGGACAGGAUGACGGGAAGGCGGUCCUGGAGCAAGACGGCAUCCGAUCAGGGAAAAAGUCAAGAGGGAAGCAGAAAGAAAAACAUCAGGUUCGAUAUACACCCGCUGCAAAGCUGCAGCUGCAGCUGCAGCACAAGGAAGAGGUGGGGAAGGAGGAGGAGGAGGAGGAGGAGGUUUGUGUGCAACGCAAACAGAAUGCAGUUUCGUGUAAGUGGACGGGAGCUGCGGAGGAAGAGGUCUCUUUGCACCGAUCACCGCCGUCGCUAUGGAAAGGGAGAAGCUUCAAAACUGCGGAGGUGGGAUUGGGAGAAUGGAGAGUAAAGGUGGAGAGGUUGAAGAUGAACGAGGACGAGCAUGAAGGAAAGGGAGGAAGGAGACAAGCCCUCCCUGUUGUGGGAACCCAUGAGGAAGAGAGACGGGUUGUCGGCAAUGGGGAGAAGGAGGAUCGUCGGGAUGGUGAUCGCGAUCAUCGGUCGGGAUCGGCAAUGAUGAUGGUUGAGAGGGAGAGAAUGGCGGGUAGGGAGGAAGGCGGCGGCGAAAAGAAGGAAAGGACGAUGACGAUGCGCAGCGCGCUGCUGCUGGGUUCUUCCGUGGUUGCUGCCGCACAAUGCGAAACGCCACGUGGGGAGACAAGGAGGAGGAGGAGGAGGAGGAGGUCCGAGCAGGAGGAGGAGGACGAUCAGCACGAAGCACCGCCGGACGGAGAUGGCGGAGAAGAGUCGAUUGGCAUGAAGACGAUGAAGACGAUGCAAUCCUUUUCCCCCUCUUCUCCUUCUCUUCUUCCUGAUCGAGACAAAGAAAGGGAAGACGACGAACCUGUAAUGGUGAAGGUUGCCUCCUCUACCAUCGACCUUCCCUUGGCAUCUGGUCGUUAUCGAGCUGAGUGUACCGAUCCGACCGAAGACAAGUCGGCCAUCUCGCUUUGCACUAGCAUCCCCGCCAUCGCCGCCUCUUCUCCUGUGAAAGGGAUGGCCAUAGAGGAAGAGCAGAGAGUAAGAAGAGAUGGAAAGAAGGAGGAGGAGGAGGAGGAGAAGGAGAAGGAUCGGAUGAAAGACAAGUCGUCCAUCUCGCUUGGGACAGCCAUAGCCGCCUCGCAUCCUGUGAAAGGGGAGGGGAUGGAGAAAGAGCAGAGGGUGGGGGGAGAAGGGGAGGAGGAGAAGGAGGAGGAGGAGGAGGAGGAGGAAGAAGAAGAAAAGAAAAGAGGGAUUUCUGCUUCGCCUUGUCCUGAUCCGCCUCCAGAAGGCGGCGAUGGAGUCGAACGCGUCAGCGGAUCGAUUCCCGCAUCUGCCGCAUCAGCACCAAGCUCGCUGGCACCGGAAGCACAAUGUAAGGGAGAGACUGAGCAUCCUGCUGGAUGGUCGGGGCAGACACCAGACGCUGCAGAAGCAUGCCAUCCCGAUACCGACUCCCAUGGGGGCCUAGGAGAGUUGAAGACAAAUCUGGAGUCCCGAGACACUGCUGACUCUUCGCGAUCAGUGCAGCCGUCCGAAACACCAGAUUUGAAGUCCCGAUACCGACGUCUCAAUGUUGACCCAUCACCCACAGAUCCCGUCACGGCAGCACUUCACACCGUUGGCUCUUCUGGGUUCAUCCACCCGUCGAAAAGACUGCCUCCUGUCACGGUAGCAGCAGCGUUCGCGGCAGCAGAAGCAGCAGCAGGAGUAGAUGGAGACCACGUGUCGCUAGCUCAGCAGCUAAUGAGAGAUGGCCACGUGCUGAAAGAAGUCGGUGAUGGCGAUCAGGUGGAUAUAAGCGAGCAGCAGUGUCGGCAACUACAGGAGAAAGGGGAGGAGGAGGAGGAGGAGGAGGAGGAGGAGGAGAAGGACGAGGAGGAGGAGGAGGAGGAGAAAGACGAGAGAGAGGAAGGCUGUGGAGGAGAAAUUGGGAAAAAUCUCAGGGAGGGGAAGCUAGCCUCGCAGCGGCAGAGUGCAGCUGCAGUGGAUAGAGCGAAGAAGCGGGGGGGGGGGGGGGGGGGGGGGGGUGGAAGUCAGGCAACUGCAGCGCAAGCUGUUGCGGCGACCAGGCCGGCGGCGGAAGACGCUGCUGCCACCUGCAGUCCCUGCCUUCCUGUAGAUGAUCGUCGGGAUCGGGUCGAUGAUGUCUACGUGGCAGGAAUGGGCGGGGGAAGAGAUGGAAGUAUCUCUGAGUCUUCUGAGAAGGAGACUCCUCCUCGCGGGGCAAGCUCGGCGACAGGAGCUGCAGAAGAAGGAGUCGCCGGCGAUGGCGGCGGUGCUCCGGUGGAAGCAGCAGAGGCGAAGGGCGCAACGACAUGGAAAGAAGAUAGAGUGGGAGGAGGAGGAGGAGGAAGAGGAGGCGGAGGAGCGUCCACUUCGGGAACAACGGCAAAUGAACCCGUGGAGAGCACGCCGAGCUCAGUCUGUCUGCCCGGUCCUGGUCCAUCUUCCACGGACGGUCAGCUCGGUGACCGCCAUCGCCAGCAGCAGGAAGAAGACGAGCUAGUCGCCAGUGACGAAGAGGAAGGAGAAGAGCAAGCCACCGCCUGCUCGAUUUCAACGACAGCUGCGACCGGGGGAUCGGGAUCUGGCUGCGUGGGGAUGGGAGGACGAAGCAUUUCCGCCUUGUCUGCCGGCCACGAUCAAUCGGUUUCCAACGUGGCUACUACGACGCCUCCCGUUUUCCGCCUGUGGGGAAUGGACGUGAGGAUUCAACGACGGGAGGGAGAGGAUGAAGGAGGGGAGAGCCGAGGGGUCAGUGCAGAUUGCGCUUCCCCGCAGAAUCGAGAAGAAGACAUAUCUAUGCCUGCCUUUUCGUGCUGGCAAGCGUCAAGAGAAAAGGGUGAGGAGGUGGAUGGGCAGGGCCGCGAGGCCGUGUGCAUGCCACAAGCCAUCGAGCAGUACGGGACAAGCAGCGCUCAGUCGUUGGAACCAUGGUACGGAUGCAGACGAGGAGGAGGAGGAGGCAAAGGAGAGGGAGGUAAUGGCAAUAGGAAAGGAGGAAUCUGGACAGAAAAAAUGACAGGUGUCGAGAGAGAGGGUUGGAACGGGGGGAACAGUGAGCGCCCGGCGGCUGAAGGGGGGCUGGUCGACAGAACGAAUCGCUCGUGUUCUCGAGAGGAAGAAGGAGAAGUGGGAGGUGGAGGAGGGGAGGGUAGCACAGCGGAAGCAGCUGCGGAAAAAGAUGUGUUUGUGAGAGACGUGAGCGAUGGCACCACUGGUGCGCCGCUGCCAGCGAGGUCGAGCAGGUCCCGUGCAGGUGGUCGAUCUGGCAUCGAGCUUGUCGGCGGGACCCGGUUUGCGGAGAAGAUGGGCGGCCAGCUGGGCGGCUUGAGGGGGUUGUCCACUGCGUCAUCGGAGAGAGGUUGUCGGGACACGGUUCGAGGAGGAGGAGCAGGUGGAGACCAAGGAGGUGGAGGUGGUAGUGCUGAUCGUCAUGGAGGGCUGGCUGCUAUGUCGGUGCCUGACGCUGUGUUUGUAUGCUGGGAGGCAGGGGAUGCGAAUGCGCGGUUGGUGGCGGAGCGGCGGAAGGUGGCGGAGCGGCGGAAGGUGGCGGAGCGGCGGAAGGAGAGAGAUUCGACGGAGGAGAAGCUGAUGAAGAAGGAUCAACGGUUGACGUCAUCUUCUGGCGAUGGAGAACGAGGGAGGGGGAGGUGGCCGGUGACAGGGAGAGAGCUCUUUGGCCAUCCCCCGUUCAACGAGUCGAACUCCGAGCUGCAGCCACGUGUCGCAAGCAGCAGCGUGAUCCGAGGGGGGGAAGAUGAUGAACGGGGGAUCGUCGAGGAGAAGCAGCGCCAGGUUGUCACUCCUCCUCCCACGUCCGCCAAGACCGAGCGAGAGCAUCGCGUGGAUCGCGAUCCCGACUACCACGACAAGGAUGAGGCGACCACCUCUUGCUCGUCCCCGUUGAUCGCGCACGAUCGGCGGCUCUGCGCCUCCUAUGAGUUCUGGGACAAACCGACGAGGAGCAGCGGCAGCGAGCCACCGGCAGCAGCAGCAGAAGCACUCAGCGCUGCUGCUGCUCAUCACACUACUAUAGCUGAUAGCUCACUCGCGGAGACGACGGCGAUGGUGAUCUCUCCACCUAUGGGGGGAGGAGGAGGUAGCAACAGGUCAUCAUCUUGUGGGCUUGGGCUUGAUGUUCUUGUUGCGGCAGCAAAUGUGUCAGGAGAUAGAGUAGUAGAGGGGGGAGUAGGGGGAGGGGGAGGAGAUGUAGGAUCUUCCGCUUGCGUUUCGCCGUCAGCCACGGAGUCUUUGGCAGCAUUAUCGCAGCCCGCGUCGGGAUCUUCAAGGGAAGAAGGGAACCUUCACGGAGUAUUCCACGCGACGGGAGGUCAGGAUUACCACCAGCACAGAGUGCGUCGGGACGACAGCCUGGGGUCGGGAUCGCUAUCGUUCGCGAUGGCGAAGGCGCCGUCGUCUUCCCUGCAUCGGGUACUGCCAACACCACAGCUGUCGGUUCCAGCAUUACGCGACGAGUCGGGGGCGGACGGCCCGCUGUUUUCCGCCGCCGCCGCUGCCGCUGCCGCUCAGCAGCCAUUCUACGGGGCCGAUCGGCUUCUGUCGCCCGCUCGAGCACCGGCCUCCUGUCCAUCUGAAGCGGUAGGAGGAGGAAGAAGGGGAAGGGGGGGAGUAGAGUCGUUAUCGUUGUCGGAGAUGGCAAGCGAUGGCGAUCGUGCUCCGCUGGCGGCAAGCAUGAUGAGGACGGACAUGGCGGCGCCUCCGCCUUCCUCCUCCGCCUCCUCUCAUCUCCCAUCGCAGCAGCAAAUGAUAACUGCCGUCAGAUUCACUGGCCACAAUCCUCCUCCUCCUCCUCCUGCUCCCCCUCCUCCUCCUCCUUCUUCUCCUCCGCUGCACUGGCACCUGCCUCCUCCUAAUCAAUGGGCGCCGUCUUCCAGUGAUCGCCACCAUGGUCAGCCAGGCAGUGUUGCCGUCAACGCCUUCGAUCAUUCAGCGCGCUCGUUGGGUCGAGCGCAAGAGAAGGGGAUCCCGACGGAGUGUGGCGGCUCAUGCGACGGCAGAGGUGGGAGCUGGCAAUCUCGCUCCCGCACGAGCAGCUGCGAUCAUCUCGACAGCGCCGGCCCUGCGGCAGCGGCCGGCGCGCAGUGCCUCCUCGCGGGGCAGAGGGAGCAGAGGGAGAGUCCUGCGCUUCUCCACUUGCGUACCUCCUCCGCUCCAAUCACUGUUUCUGUUUGCGGCGGCUCAUCGUCGUCCUCGUCGUCAUCAGCUUUGGAUAUGGCGGGAGCUGUCUCCAUCGCAUCGGCAAGGAACGGAUUUGACUUUGUCCGUCAACAUCAUCAGCGGCUCUCCUACGAGAGAGCAGCAGAUGAGGGAAGCGCGAUGGGAGGGCGAAGGGGGCCGAUGUCGAGGGUAGACGAGAGUGGCGGCGGCGCGGGGGGAGGAGGGGACGAAGCCAGCGCAGCGAGCGCAGCGAGCGCAGCCAGCGCAGUCAGCGCAGCAGGAGCAUCCGGCGCAAACGCAGCCCGUUCUGUGGGGCAGCGGUACGGUGGUGCGCGCGGUCCUCCCGCCGCUUCGCAAACCUGUGGCGUUUCUUCCGCUGACGCGGAGACUCUUCUGGGCGCACUUCGAGCUCCCGCCGUGCCGGCAGCGAUGGUUGUCUCGACGUCGGAACGCUAUCCGGGAGCAGCUGGAGGAGGGGGAGGAGGGGGAGGAGGGGCAGUUGGAUUGCCUGCGGCGCGGGUUGGGUGGGGAGUAAUGCCGAUCUCGCAGCUGCAUUCACGCUCGCAUGCGUUCCCCUUGGGGAUGUCGGCGGCAGGAGGGGGAAGCGCAACUGUUACAGCGGAAACAUCGACACCGACGUCGCGGGACAUCUUCUCCCCGCCUCGCGCUGCUUCGGCGGAAGCUGGCGGCGCGAUCCCUUCUUCUUCUUCUCUAACCUCGUCGCCCUCGCCGUCUUCCUCCCCCGCGCAUCGUUAUCGACCGAAAGGCGCGGCUUCGAUCCCUCCGACUCCUGCCAUCGCCACGCGGGUUCCUUUCAUCGGCGCUGCUGCGGAGGAAGAGGAGAGCCGCCGCGGCCAUCGUGUUGUCACAGCAAGCUGUGCGACGGCGGCAGCGACACCGUUUUCGCCGCCGUCGCCGGCUGUCGCGCACUUUCGCUCAGCGGUAUCUCUGGGAGCUGCGCACCUGUAUGAGCGGCCAUCGAUGGGAGGCGCGGAGCGUGCAACUGCCCUCUCGCCAGCGUCAACCGGCGGAGGAGGGGGAGGAGGGGGAAGAAGCGCAGGCGGCGGACAUUGCUUAGGCGUAGGAACGGGGUUGCACACGGGGGGUCGGGGCCUCCAAGGAGCACCCGGACCACCAGCAGCGGGAGGGGCUACUGGAGCUAUGGCUAUGGCGGCUGCUGCUUCCUCUCCUUCUCCUCGCACCUCGUUGUCGAAGAUCAACACGAGUUCUGGCUGCGCGAUCAGCGCGGGCAGGCGCAGCUUGCUCAGUGAGGAAGAACUCAGACGGAUCGGUUACAUUCCUGCCAAUCCCGAGGCGUCGCCGGUAAGAGGGCCGCCGUCAUCAUCCUCUCGAGCAAUCCCGAUCCCGGCCGCAUCGAUGACGGCGGCUGCUUCGUCUGCAAUCUGUGGUCCCAAUCGUUUCUUAUCGUCAUCUCUCAUCGAUGCUCAACUCGGCGGAGCUGUACGUGCUGCGCAAGCGAUGGCGAACGACAACAACAAGAGCGGCGGCAUCGGCAGUGCUGCUGCUGCUGCUGCUGCUGCUGCUGCCUACGGGAGGCUCUCCCAGCCAUCGAUGACGGCGGGCUUUUGCCCAUCUUCGCCGCCUGCCGUCGGGGGUGAUCGGGACCUGUCGCCCCUCGGGCAGCAGGUCAGGCUGCACACUCACACCGGCACGGCCCCGGGGGCGCCCGUGCCGUCGUUCUCUUGCUCGACCAGAGGAGGCGGAAUCCCGUUGACGUCAUCAAUUCAAGCUGCCUCCGCGAGAGAUCACCAGCAGGCAGCGGGCGAAGGUUCAGCAGGAACGCCGCUGCCGCCAUCGCCGUCAUCGUCGGUCCAGACCCUCCGGUCAAUGGAGUAUCACCAGGGCUUGAUGCUCAGCAGCAGGUCCGCAGGAGGCUCGGCAGGAGGGUAUUCAGACAAGGCAGGAAGAGAGACUCAGCAGCAGCGGAAAGUGCUCUCGGUGCAGGAGGAGAGAUCACAACGGGGAGGGGGAGGGGGGGAAGGGGGGGGAGGAGGGGGAGGAGGGGGAGGAGGGGCGAAAGGAGAGGGAGGCGCCAUUGAGCAGCAACAGCGAGGAGGCUCCAUCGCGCAGCUUCGAGGGGAUUGGCGGGAGAAGGAUCUGAUCGUGAUCGACGAUGAUGACGAGACGGAGCCGCCGAAGAAGACACGGGAGGUCGGGUUCCCGCUGACUUCGGCAGUCAAGGAAGGUGGACGGUCAACUGCUGGGGGGGCUAGCGGAGUCUCGACAUGUGCAGCAGGAGGAGGAGGAGGAGGAGGAGGAGGGAUGGUAAGGACGGGCGUCGUCGUCAGGACCUCGGAUUACAGCCAGGGGAUAGUGCCGGGAUCGGGGCCGUCGACGGGUCUGACUUCCGCUGGCCCCUGGAGCUUCGCCAAGGACCGAUCAUCGAUCAGCACAACGGAGUUUGAAAGAUAUAGAAUCACUCAAUUACCCCAUCCUCAAUCGGGAUUAGCAGAAGGAGCGCGAGGAAUGGCAGAAGCAGGGAGGACAGCGGCAGCAGCAGCAGCAGCAGGAGGAGGAGGAGGAGGAGGAGGAGCAGGACGUAACGAUGGCGAAGUAUCGGUAUCGGGAUCUUUAGGCCGGUUGAUGCUGGACACAAUCUUGUCUGGCCGAGUGGGGUUCGAAGCGUCGAGAUCAGGCAGGAUUGAUGACAGCCCCUCGGCCGGACCGUCUCACCUGCCUGCCAACCAUCUACGAAGAGAGGUAGGAGAAGGAGGUGGAGCUGGAGCUGCAGGAGGAGGAGGAGGAGGAGGAGGAGAAGGAAGAGGAGGGGGAGGGGGAGGGGGAAUUUCGCAUAUUAAUUCAUUGUCAUCCCCUCGCCCAUGUGCUACUGUCAUCAAGGCCGCAAGUACUAGCCGCGUAGCUACGGGACUGGACACUGACCGAGGCACUCGACCAGCUCGAGCAGGCACACCGCCAAGUGUGGUUGGUCAUCAUUGGACGCCUACCUCCGAAGUGAUUGGUCAUUCACCGUUGAUUACCACAUCAUCUUCUGAUUGCCGCUGGCUGUCCACCGACAGAUCCUUCUCAGCAAGAUCACCGUCAGCAGCAGCCUCGGUCGCAGGCGAAGCAGCCUUGCCUAGCGGUACGUCGCUGAUGGCAGGCCUGCCAGUGGCAGCCGGACCAUCUGCAACUCCAAAUGCAGCAGGGAUAGCGGCCGAGGUGAUCCCAGUGUGGACCUCCACAGGGGGAAGGAGGGGAGGGGCAGGAGGAAGAAUCUCCGGCGCAGGAGGAGGAGCAAGAGACUCGCCCACGCCUUUCUCUUCGUCCGCUUCUUCUUAUUCCAAACGAGCAGUAUUUAUGGCCGCUCAGGAGACGGGGAUGCUGCCAUCGCCAUCGCCAUCGCCGCUUCAUCCACCGACCGGUCCGUGCAGCAGCAAUCGCUCCUCUUCAGCGGCGGCGGCCAACGACUUGUCGAACGACCACCAUCAGAGGUCGUUGGGUCACACGAUUACCACCCCAGGCGGAGCUGGAAAGUACUUGUGGGGACCACCACCUUCCGGACUCUCUCUCCCCUUCUCUACUCCGACCUUAUCUAACACGACCGCGGCGGGAGGAAGAACGACUCAGAGAGAAGGUCGGGAUCUCGUCGAUGUGCCGCGAAUGAUCUGGCACGCUGCACCGGGAGCAGGAGGCGAGCGCAGCAGGCACAGCGGUUGGGUGCAAUCUGUUCACGCGGCGGACGUCGGGAUCGCAAGCGGGUCUGUGAUCGAGACUCGUAGAUUGAUUGGUUCAGUAACAGCGCCUGCCUCGGCGAGCAUGGAGUGGUUUGAUCACUUUGUCUCGAUGGGUGCGACGGGAUCGCAAGCCGGGUCGAUGGAGAUGGCGAGCCGGGCUUCCAUGUUUCGGCCACGACCGGGGGAAGAUGGAUGUUCGUCUUCUUCCACGGCAGCUUUGAUGGGCAACUGCGCGCCGACGAUGAGGAAUCACGACACAGCUACCCCAGGGAGCUCAUCGGGUGGAUACGGCGGGGGGCUAGGGCAGUGGUGGGGCCCACACCAGCAGCAGCGAACGCAGGGGCAGGUACGACAAGCGGAAGGGGAGGGGGAGGGGGAAGGACACGCGCGCCGCUGGGGGAGAGCAGCCACAUCGAUGGCGACCGCAGGGGGGGUUGGUUUCCCCCGUGACCUAAGCGUCGAUGUUUCUUCCUACCCAGCAGCGGCCGCGGCAGCAGGCGGAGGUCCAGGAGGAGGAGGAGGAGGAGGAGGAGGAGGAGGACGGGGGUCGAUCCUGGAUAUGGUUCUCUCCGACAUGUUUACGGAUGUGCUGCCGUCUCGAUUCGGGCUGAGUCCUGGCGGGCAUACUACAGCGUCAGCCACUGGGCGGCCAGUCUCUGGUCCCGAUCUCGUUCCUCCUGGUCUGGCCUCUUGUUCCGACGGGCCACAUCAUUGCAUGGGAUUGCCGUUGUGUUCGGCGGGUGCUCGGGGCACAGUCGGGGGGGGAGUGGGAGGCCUCCUCGGUAUCCCGACAGAGUUGACCGCAGUGGGAGGAGAGUCCAUCGAGUCGCUCAACUGCGGACCCACCCGAGUCGUUGCCGUCCCUCUGCGGCAGCCCAGCGCUGUCUGUCGGGAUCGGGACGACGCCGUGCUGAUGGCUCAUCGGAGGGCCAAGGACGAAGUCGAGGGGGGCUCGACCUCCUCCUCCUCGGGCUCGGGCGCGAGGAUCGCCUUGGCUAUGGUGGGCAUGAUUGGUCAGAAGAGCCAAGCAGCACAACAGCCUGGCGGGGGGGGGGCGCCUAACGGGCACUUCAUGUCCCAAUCCCGACCUGCAGCACCCGCGGUCGAGACCGUAUCCAGAAAGGAUGGUCGGGAUAGCAGCUCCACUUCGGCGUCAGCCAGCGUGCACCAGCACCUCGCCUCUCUUCAGGCUCUCCUACCUCAUCUGGAUCUCAACAAGACCUUCAACACAGUAAGGUAAGGACGACAACGGAAAUUCGCCAUC